GAAUCGGCUCAUUCUUCCAACUACCUGUCGUGAAUACGGACGUCCGUCAUCACAUUCGAGUUAAUCACAGCAGCAGGACUGCAGGAUUUUUAUAAAUAUCAAACUCAUUUGUGAACUUAUAUAAGUGAUAAUUUAUAAUAAUUUGUAAAAUAAUUAGAUGUAACAAUGGAAGAAACAGUAGCAUUGCUAAAAUCGUGCAUAAUUUCGAAGAAAGGAGGUGUACCAAUCGAAGAUGUAAACGAUGAAUUUCAAAAUCUCGUCGGAGAACCCAUUCCUUAUCGUAGAUUGGGAUUCACGAGUCUCCGUGCAUUUUUGCGAACUGUAGAUGGUUUGGAAAAACUGAACGAAUUUGGCGAACAGACAUUAAAGAUAAACGAUUCUAAAAUCUCUCAUAUCGACAGACUCAUAUGCAAGCAAAAAGUUGACUAUUCAAAAACAAAAAACAAAUACUAUAAACAAUUUGCACGUCCAAAGAACAAUUUUGAAUAUAACAAUGAACGUAGGCAAAGAGAAAGAAUACAGCAAAAUACCAAUCGUACUAAUAGACGAAUUCAGGAUCUCCGUAGUCGUCGUGAUUCAUAUUUCAAAAUCAAUGACUUUCGUGAAAGUAACAGCUUCUCGUACGAAGAAGAAAAUCAUCAUCCGGUAGUAAUAGAAGUGAAUGAAACGAAACAAACUUCUAGCAUACACGAACCUAAUGCAAACGGCCAACAAUUACUCGGCGAUGAUUUUUUUUUACAACUCGCAAUACGAAAUCUUCAUCUUCCCAUUUGGAGAUACAAAGAUAAUUUAGCAUUACACUGUGGUUUGUGUAUCUCUGGCCAAACCAUAAGCAAUUGUACUCGAGCUUUGAAGAAUAUCACUACCAUCUCUAAUCGUGUUGUGAUUGCGCUUGGUUCAGUUGAUGUUUACAAUGGCGCUACUUGCGACGAAAUGAUAAACGAUAUGACGGAACUCUUGAAGGUUCUUCGGUCCAAAUUUCAUCUCUCGAACUCGGCCAUCACCGUCUGCACAAUUCCACCUUUGGCCAAUCUCAGCAUUUAUGCCUAUAAGAAACAAAGCUUGUCGUUAUUUAGUUUCAAUAAUUGGAUCAGAUCUCUGGCAGAUGAUGUAUCUACAAGAAACGCUUCUUUCGAAAGUUAUCCGAUAAUAGAUUUAUUCGAAAGCUUCUGCAAUGAAAUGUACGUUACGGACUACGAUUGGUUUCAAAUUCAAGCACGCAGAGUGUCUGGAACUAAACAUUCUUAUGUGCUAUGGAAUAAUACAGGACGAAAGCGAGCCAUGAGCCUCAUCUGCGGAAACAAAGACAUGGAGCGCUCCGGAAGUCCCAACUCAUUGCGGAUGCAAUGAGAGUUGAUAGGGAUCUUCUGUUGUAUAUGGAUCGCAUAUGAAAAAAAGCAGGACGAUAUAGCGGGAAAGCCCUUAUUCGUCUCUUGAAGACGAAGAAAGCUGUUUCGAGGACCCUCUCCGUGGUAUCUUCCUGCUUUUUUUGCAGAUGCGUACUUAUAAUUGAAUUGAAUUUAUGUUCAUAUAUUAUCGUAUAUUGUACAUACAAAUGCAAAAAUUUAUAGAAUGUUGCCACAUUCAUAUACGCAUAGGAUAAAGUAAAUUUUAAUGUGCUUGGUCAAAGGGCUGCUGCGCAAGAUAUUUAUUGAAGAAAGUAGGCUUUGUUUUACUUCGAAGAUUAAUGUGAAGCGAAAAGAAUUUCGAAGGUUAUAUACAGAUUUUUCUGAGAAAUACUUUUGAAAGACUUUUACCUUUCAAUGCAUGCUUAUCUUACCGGGCAUUUAUUAAUUUCGUUUGUUCGUGUGUCAAGAAAACAAAUACGAAUACAAAUUAUUGCUCUUAUUGUUUAAUCGAAGGAUUAAAUUAUUUUAAAUUGUAAGCGCCGGCUUCACGAGACUCGGAAGGUUUAAAUAGGAGACAAAAGUAUAACAACAAGUUCGUACUUAAAUCUAUCGAAAAAAGUAUAGUGCAUUUUUUAAUUAAAUGCGGGUAAUUUAAAAUGGCACGCAUACUUUAUUGGUAAAUUUUAAAUUGCUCCUAAUAAUAAAACGUACGGGCAAACUUUCCUUGUUGUGUGUUUAAAAAGUUAAUGUUUCUUUACAAAUAAUUUUUGAUCGAUUAUUAAUAUAUUUGAUAAUAAUAAUUAUAAAAGCUCUUCCUACAAGCUUAAUUUUGGAGUCAAUUUUAUCAAUGUAAAAGAUUAAAAAAUUUAUAUUAAUUUAUAACAUAACAUAGAGUUACACACAUUUAUAUAGUUAGAUAAAAUUAUACAGUAUUUUUCUAAAUAUAUAUAUACUUCAAAAAUUAUCCUAAAUUUAAUAAACUUUACCCGCUUUCAACGUAAUGAACGUGAAUAAAUUGAUAUUUCAUGAAACACGAUCAAACGAAAUUUUUGAUUAAAAUUUUGUGAUAGAAAUUUGUACAGAAAGAUUAAGUAAUUAUGAGAACGAAUAGGAAUUAUAAAAAUAUAUGUGUCUCUUUUGUAUGUGUACGCAAAUUAUUUAAUUAUUGUAAUAAUUAAAGUAACUAGUUUUUGCGUGAACAAUUAAAUUAAAUCGUUUAAUGUUAGAAUUGUUAUCACAGUUGAAUUUAAAUUGCGAUGAUUAUGAAGAAUAAGCGAAAUAAUUGAUUUUUAAAGUCAAUUUUUUUAUUAAAGUUUAAGAAUGGUCUCUGUAAUUUAGAAAAUAAAAUUUCUAAUUCAGAAUGUGAGCUUUAAAAAGUGCAAAAAAAUGUUGCAUUUUCAAAGUCUUGAAUAAUUCUGGAAAUGUAUGUAAAUGCAAGAAGUUAUCUUUUUAGCGGAGAAAAUGCGGAAGGUUUAGAAUUUAUUGAGACGUGCAAUAGAACAAUUGCGAUAAUAAACAUGAAAAAUGU